CUUUAAUUCUAGAAUCAAUGCAAACCUCUUGUACGGAGGUUUGUUCUGUUCUCCGGCAUUCAGUGGAGAACUAGUCUUUUAUUUCCUUAUAUUUGUAGAUGUUUUAUGAUAAUUUCCUGAAGUCAGCAGGUGAAUUAGAGCGGGGGGUUUUUUUUUGUUCUUUUUCCUGUUUAUUGCUCGGGUUCGGUAUAAAAAAAAAACAACCUAAAACUUUGUAGUUCUGAUGUGGCAAGCGAACUGUCGACGAAUGCAUAAUUUAGCAGGCUGGAUUUCCGGGUCCGUGAUGGGAGGCUGUGUUGGGAGGAGGAGCGGAACCGAUGGACAGGAGAGUACCAGAAGCUUGACCAGAGGCAAAAAACGUGGAGGACGCAACGAGCCUCUCAAAAAGGAGCGUCCCAAGUGGAAGAGCGAGUACCCAAUGACCGAGGGCCAGCUCAGGAGUAAACAGGAUGAGUUUUGGGACACGGCCCCGGCCUUUGACGGACGGAAAGAGAUCUGGGACGCCCUGCGAGCGGCAGCCCUGGCGGCAGAGUGCAAUGACCUGGAGCUGGCGCAGGCUAUCGUGGACGGAGCCUGCAUCACUCUGCCUCACGGCUCUCUCGCUGAGAGUUAUGAUGAGCUCGGCAACCGCUACCAGCUGCCAGCAUACACUUUAACCCCCCCUGUCAACCUCAUCACCGAAACAUGCAACGAAAGCAAAGUGUGCGAAUCCACACAAAAGCAAACGCAGCCUCCUCCAUGUAGGCAGGAGUUCCAGCUUCGUGUGCGAUUGUCCACCGGAGAGGACGUGCGUCUGACGGCCAGCAUGGCCGACUCCAUCGCUGAGCUGAAGAAGCAGCUGCAGCGACAAGAAGACAUCGACGUGUCCCGCCAGAGGUGGUUCUUCUCGGGGAAACUCCUCACUGACAAGACGCGUCUGCAGGAUGCCAAAAUCCAGAAAGACUUUGUUGUCCAAGUCAUUGUCAACGUGAAUCCUGCAAUUCUCUCCAACUGAAACACAACAAAAGGGCCAGAAGGUGGUGAUAUUUGAAGGGAAGCAGCAUAUGCACUGGGACUUGGUGUACAAUUUUAUAUAUAAGUAUUGUUUUUUUAUUGUUCCUUUUUGUAUUUGUUCUCCCUAUUUUUCCAAAGAAAUGAAGAAUACUAAGAAAAAAAGCACUGAAAUACUUUAGAAAAAAGGUAGAAUCUUACCACCUUUGCCCCAUAACUUACACCUCCAUUGUUUACACCAAUAUUCCUCUUUGUUUUGUGUCUUCUUCCUUGUGGCAAUAGCAAACUAAAACGUGUUUGCAACCCAAAUACAGAAAAAAAAACAUAUUUUUCUUCUAUAAUUUCAGGAGAUGACAGAAGGGAAAAUGUAGAUAUCAGCAUAUUUAUAUGUUGUUUGGUCAAUCAACGCUGUGCUCAAUCAUUGUCACUCUAUUAAAAAAAAAAAGACAUGGACUAUGAAAAAGGUAUGAGAUCAUUGGUUCCUUGAGUGGCAUACAUACAGUAUCUAAAUUACACCCAUGCAUUUAAACUAAACUCGGAUUAAUUUACAGUUCACCCACUUA